AUGCCUUCUCAUAUACCUUCUCAAGUACCUUCUCAUAUGCUUUCGCAUAUGCCAUCACAAAUGUUGUCACAAAUACCGUCACAAAUACCGUCACAAAUAACAUCACAAAUGCCAUCACAAAUACCAUUACAAUCAUUGCAACUGCCAAUUCCAUAUUUAUCUAAUACUCCCUUACAAAUAUUACCAAAUAUUCUUUUAUAUACAAUGUCAAAUAUCCCUCCACAACUAUUACCUAAUAUCCCUUCACAACCAUAUUUUAUACCAUAUUCAAAUUUUCCUAAUUUUCAACCCUUACCAUUAUAUACUUUAAUAUCACAGCAAUCAUCAAUUUCUUCUAAACCUGUUUCUCAACUUGAUGAAUUUUUGACAAAGAUAGAUGAGGCUGAGAAUGUAAAUAGAGAAAUUUUAGCAUGUUUAUUAAAUUUUCAAGAUCAAGCUAUUCAAGUUAAGCAGAUAUGUAAAUUAACUGAUGAAAAAUUUGAAUUAGUAGAAAUUACAAAAGAAGGAUGGAAAAUUGCAUUGCAAGAGGCUUCUAAGGAGUAUAACCAAUAG